AUGUUGCCUGGGUCGCCCCACGGCGCUGUGUGUGCGGUGUUAUUGCCCAUUGUCAUUGAAGUCAAUGUACGAGAACUGGCUAAAGACGCACAAGGAAACGCACUGAUGCUGCAGAAAUAUAAACAGGCCGCAAUUGUCUGUACGAGUAAUCCGGGCGCAAGUGUCGAGGACAUGGUCGUGUGGCUGAUUGACUUGUGCAGUAAAUUGGGAGUCGCAAAACUCUCUGCAUACGGUAUGAAGGAGUCUGAUAUACCCGUUGUCGUUGACAAAGCUGCUGCCUCGUCAAGCAUGAAGGGAAACAGUUUGAUACUGAAUAAAGAGUGCCUAUCUGAGAUACUGACAAGGGCAUUAUAA